AUGUGAGAGUGAAAUGGACGUAAGGUUUUAUCCACCGCCAGCCCAGCCCGCCGCUGCGCCCGACGCGCCCUGUCUGGGACCUUCUCCCUGCCUGGACCCCUACUAUUGCAACAAGUUUGACGGUGAGAACAUGUAUAUGAGCAUGACAGAGCCGAGCCAGGACUACGUGCCAGCCAGCCAGUCCUACCCUGGUCCGAGCCUGGAAAGUGAGGACUUCAACAUCCCACCAAUCACUCCUCCUUCCCUCCCCGACCACUCGCUGGUGCACCUGAAUGAAGUUGAAACUGGCUACCACUCUCUGUGUCACCCAAUGAACCAUAAUGGCCUGCUACCAUUUCAUCCACAAAACAUGGACCUACCUGAAAUCACCGUGUCCAACAUGCUGGGACAGGACGGAGCACUGCUUACCAACUCCAUUUCCGUGAUGCAAGAUAUACGGAACCCAGAGGGAGCUCAAUAUAGCUCCCAUCCUCAGAUGGCAGCCAUGAGACCCAGGGGUCAGCCUGCAGACAUCCGGCAGCAGCCAGGAAUGAUGCAGCAUGGCCAGCUGACCACCAUCAACCAGUCCCAGCUGAGUGCUCAGCUUGGGUUGAAUAUGGGAGGAAGCACUGUCCCCCACAACUCACCAUCUCCACCUGGAAGCAAGUCUGCAACUCCUUCCCCAUCCAGUUCAGUACAUGAAGAUGAAGGCGAUGAGUCAUCUAAGAUCAAUGGCGGAGAGAAGCGACCUGCCUCUGACAUGGGGAAAAAACCGAAAACCCCCAAAAAGAAGAAGAAGAAGGACCCGAAUGAGCCCCAGAAGCCUGUGUCUGCCUAUGCAUUGUUCUUUCGUGACACUCAGGCUGCCAUCAAGGGCCAAAAUCCAAAUGCGACCUUCGGUGAAGUCUCUAAAAUUGUGGCUUCAAUGUGGGAUGGUUUAGGAGAAGAGCAAAAACAGGUCUAUAAAAAGAAAACCGAGGCUGCAAAGAAAGAGUACCUGAAGCAACUAGCAGCAUACAGAGCCAGCCUUGUAUCCAAGAGCUACAGCGAACCUGUUGAUGUGAAGACCUCUCAACCUCCUCAGCUGAUCAGUUCAAAGCCGUCAGUGUUCCACGGGCCCAGCCAGGCCCACUCAGCUCUGUACCUAAGUUCCCACUAUCACCAACAACCAGGGAUGAACCCUCACCUAACUGCCAUGCACCCCAGUCUCCCCAGGAGCAUAGCCCCCAAGCCGAAUAACCAAAUGCCAGUGACUGUGUCUAUAGCAAACAUGGCCGUGUCCCCCCCUCCUCCCCUCCAGAUCAGCCCACCUCUUCACCAGCAUCUCAACAUGCAGCAGCACCAGCCACUCACCAUGCAGCAGCCCCUUGGGAACCAGCUCCCCAUGCAGGUCCAGUCUGCCUUACACUCACCCACCAUGCAGCAGGGAUUUACUCUUCCACCGGACUAUCAGACUAUAAUCAAUCCUACAUCCACAGCUGCGCAAGUGGUCACCCAAGCAAUGGAGUACGUGCGUUCUGGGUGCAGAAAUCCUGCCGCCCAGCCCGUGGACUGGAAUAACGACUACUGCAGUAGUGGGGGCAUGCAGCGGGACAAAGCACUGUACCUUACCUGAAAGUCUGAACGCCUCUUCUGUCCACUGAGGAAUUCAGGGAAGUCUUCGCCGUGGAUUGCUUUGUACAGUCAAGGCAAUUCUCCGUUUUAUUAGAAAAUACAAGUUGCUAAGCACUUAGGACCAUUUGAGCUUGUGGGUCACCCACUCUGGAAGACAUAGUCAUGCUUCUUUAUUAUUUUUUUAAUCCUUUAUGGACAUUGUUUUUUUCUUCUUCCCUGAAGGAAAUUUGGACCAUUCAGAUUUUUUAUGUUGGUUUUUUUGCUGUGAAGUGCUGCGCUAUAGUAACUGCCUUAGCAACUGUAGAUGUCUCGGAUAAAAGUCCUGGAUUUUCCAUUGGUUUUCAUAAUGGGUGUUUAUAUGAAACUACUAAAGACUUUUUAAAUGGCUUGAUGUAGCAGUCAUAGCAACUUUGUAAAUAGCAUCUAUGUCACACUCUCCUAGAGUAUAAAAUGUGAAUGUUUUUGUAGCUAAAUUGUAAUUUGAAACUGGCUCAUUCCAGUUUAUUGAUUUCACAAUAGGGGUUAAAUUGGCAAACAUUCAUAUUUUUACUUCAUUUUUAAAACAACUGACUAAUAGUUCUAUAUUUUCAAAAUAUUUGAAAAAAAAAACAACGUAUUCCCAAAUGAUUUUAAUUUAAAAACAAAUUGGCUUUGUCUCAUUGAUCAGACAAAAAGAAACUAGUGUUAAGGGAAGCGCAAACACAUUUAUUUUGUACUGCAGAAGAAUUGCUUUUUGUAUCACUUUUUGUGUAAUGGUUAGUAAAUGUCAUUUAAGUCCUUUUAUGUAUAAAACUGCCAAAUGCUUACCUGGUAUUUUAUUAGAUGCAGAAACAGAUUGGAAACAGCUAAAUUAUAACCUUUACAUAUGGCUCUGUAUUAUUGUUUCUCCAUACUGUGUCUGUAUUUAAUC